AUGUUCACCAUUCGACCUGGUGCUGCAAUUGAAGUCAAGACGUACCCUGCCAAUCUUGUGACAGCCAGCGUGGAAAAUGAAUUCUUGACAUUCACCUACCAAGAUGUAGGACCCAACACCCAAGAGGGAGGUGUACUCAUCACUUUCCCGGCCGACUUGCUCUGGGAUGUACGGGCGGAAUCCGAGCAAGUCGUCCAAGUUCUCCCCGGAUUUAACGACAUCUUUGCCUUCUUUGCAUCCACCAGUUCCUCACUCACGGUCGAUGGGAGUACACUUCUGGGUGAAGAAAAUCUCCUGGUCGAUGUUGGUCAAGAGGCCAACAUGCAAUUCCACUCUGGUCGACCCAUUACCGAAUUGGAUGUCAGUACAUCUGCUAAAUUCUACUAUCAGGGAGACUUGACCGGUAGUGGUGCCUGCAGUGUCAGUACUUCCGGCAAUUUGGAAAUGAAAGGAAAUUUGGUAGGACCCGCCACCUGCGACAUUAGUACCAGCUCCCAUGCUACCAUUGAGGGCGAUCUCUUAGUGGGUACAAUGACCAAUGUGGGAACCUCGGGGAGUCUCACAGUCAUGGGAUCCAUAUUGGGCACAGUUGACGCCAGCAUUGGGGCGACUGUGACCGCCGCCAGUUGUGCCAAUGUCGCACUCUCCUUCGAUGGUACCUGCAGCGACGAAAAUGUGGUAGACAAAACAGUGACAGUCAACGUGGAUACACAGCCAUUGACAUUGAUGGGUACCGAAACAUGUUGCCAAGUCAAUGAAGUAUGCGUAACCAGUUCAUCCACAUCCAGUUCAUCCACAACCACCACAUCCAGUUCAUCCACAACCACAAUCACCACAUCCGGUGGAGUCACAACCACCACAUCCACAUCCAGUGGAUCCACCUCAGGUGGAAUCCUGACGUUUCCACGUUCCUACAAUCUCUUAUUGCUGCCAUCCGUGAUGGUUUCCAUGCUGAUGUUCGGGAUGUGGUAA